GUCGUAUCAAAAUAGUAUGGCACUUACAAAUACUCGGAAGCCUUCUGCCGCCAACCCCUUUCAGCUUUACUUCUCUCGAGCCUUAAACUGCGCCGUCGGUAGCCGACAUCGAUCGGAGAAGAAAGCUCGUAUCAGUUCAGACAAAUCCCUGCUACCAUGGAAGUUGAAACAGUUUCAUCUCAAACCCAAAAGGAGUCUGGCUCUUUGCCACCAAAGCCACAGUUUGAGCCUUUGAAGGCACAUGAGAUGUCUGAUGGUCGAGUGCAGUUUCGGAGGGUCUCUGUCCCACCUCAUCGGUAUUCACCUCUCAAGAAAGCAUGGAUGGACAUCUACACUCCGGUAUAUGAGCAGAUGAAGAUUGACAUCCGUAUGAAUCUCAAGGCUCGUAGAGUUGAAUUGAAGACUAGACCAGACACACCAGACAUUAGUAACCUACAGAAGUGCGCGGAUUUUGUGCACGCAUUCAUGCUAGGUUUCGAUGUUAUAGAUGCUAUUGCUCUUUUGCGUAUUGAUGAGCUGUAUGUGGAAUCUUUUGAGAUCAAGGAUGUCAAAACACUUCGUGGUGAGCAUUUGUCUCGUGCUAUCGGAAGGCUGUCUGGUAAAGGUGGCAAAACAAAGUUUACUAUUGAAAAUACGACAAGGACAAGGAUUGUGAUUGCUGACACAAAAAUUCACAUACUUGGAUCUUUUGCCAGCAUUAAAAUUGCAAGGGAUUCACUUUGCAGCCUCAUUUUAGGUUCACCUGCUGGAAAAGUGUACUCAAAACUUAGAGCAGUUAGUGCUAGACUGGCAGAAAGGUUUUGAUCAUUCUUAUUUCUGUCUGUCUUUAAUACUUUUCCCUGAUUCAUGAAUUCUUGGAUGUUCUAUUGUAAGAUUGGAUAUGAUGAGUAUAACGAAAGAGAGAGUAGCAGCUAAGGUUUUGUCUGUCAAAUUCAGGAAACACUAGUACAUGAAAUGGUCGUGGAAGAAGUAUUCAUUAAGUAUCAUUAUAUUAAGUUGUCAAGGAAGUAACUUUGAGAGGAUUCGUUCUUUUUGUUAUGUGCUAUUAUCUUCGCAUAAGCAGUAAUUGUAUUUGUGCAGGUGGAUUGACUGAUUUAUAACGUGUUAAACCCUAUGCCUGCAUGUGUGUGUGGCUAUUAGUCCAAAUGUUGAAUCUGUUUUAUUCUUUA